AUUGCAUGUCUGAUACAGUUCGGGUAUUAAUGCAUAACAAGCAUCAUACUGAAUUUCUACCCAUACGCAAAAUUUUUACUUUACAGGUUCAUCAUGGCCAGCUCCAACACCAGUGGAAUGGGAGGCCAAUGCCGAUGAUAAGACGUAUUUUAAGGCCGAUAUGGCGAUUCAAUGGCAUAUCACGUACAGCAAAAAUGCCACUCCAACGGAUUUGUACCUCGAGUUCAAAGAUCCGAAAAAGUUGUCUGUGGAAACACAAGAUGAAAAUACUACCACGGUAAUGUUUAUGGACGAUACCGCGGAACAGACCCUGACGUUGACGUUUAUGGUAGAUGCGGCAGGAGAUUUCUAUAAACUUUCUUCUGCUCAGUUGUCUUUUUAUGUAAACAACAAUACUUUUCCAGAUGCCGACAAUAUAAAUGAAACUAUCGUUGCUUCGGCGAACUUGAAUCUUAUGGAGACCUCUGUGGAGAUGUCGUAUAUGUGCUCGACUGAAACACAAUUCAGACUUACCUCCAAUGAUACGACCAAUGAUACAUCCAUAUAUGUCCGAUUUACCCCGCCAAGCAAGAAAUCUAUUCAACUACAAGCAAUUAGAUUUAAGAACAAGUCUGAGUAUGGAUCAUCGGCCAAAUGUCUCACGGAUAUGCCUCCGACAGCCAUAAGUAUGUCGUACAAAGUUUUAUCUGACAAAGAAAAAAACAUAUGUGCUAGAAUUGACUCAAUCAUCAAUCUGCUAAAUAUUCAGUACAUGGCCAUUGAUGGAUCGAGCAUGGUAGCCAACGUACCCUUAACGGCCGAUGCUACUGCAACUGGCUCCUGUGGAAAGAAUUUAACAACUGUAAUGAUUGACCUCGGGAGUAAACAAGGAGUUUCUACAGGAAAUUUAACCCUGUACUACUUUCUUAAAUCAGUGACUUAUGCAUAUUAUGCCGAUGAUGUACUGGAAGCAGUUUUGGACAACAUCACAUAUGUAUACGAUCCAAUGUCGCCGUAUUUUCCUAAUCAUGGAUCUAUGAAUGAAAACGAAACCAUAACUGCUGCUGGUCUCAAUGCAUUUCAAAUUCCUGCUACCAUGUCCUAUGAAUGUAGUGCAUCAACUGAAGUUAACGUCACUGAAAAGAUGAUGGUUAACUUCACAGACACCAAAAUGCAAGCAUUCAAUAUACAUGGUGGAAAUUACAGUACAGCUUCUAAUUGCCAAGCCACCCCCACCACCGCCAUACCUGUUACGACACAACCUAUUAUACCGGAUCCCUCACUGCCGACAUCAAGCGAAAGGAGGAUCAAAGAUGGAAAUGAUACGUGUUUACAUGCGGUCAUUGGUCUGCAAAUGAGAGUUUUUUAUCAAGAAAAAGAUAAACCAGAUGGAAAUCUGACGGAAAUAUUUUUCAACUUUGAUGCGGAUAACUGUACACAGUCCGCAGUUUGCACAAACUCUUCAAAUGCUGUCAUUACUUUUGACCGAACCGCGGACUACGAACAACAGCUCACUUUAACAUUUACUAAAGAUGAUAAAUCGAAAAUGACUUAUUUAAGUCAAGUUGAUUUGGAAUAUACUAUCAACAAAUAUUUUCCGAAUGCCAAGGACACAUCAGGAAAAAAGAAGACAUACACCAAUACGCAAAUGUUUUUGAGUGCUUCGGAUACUAAAUCCUAUCAAUGCAACAGCACAUGGACUGAUGUGCUAAUGAGCAAUGAUGAUAAUGUUGUUGUACGAAUUGUACCUUUGAAAGUUGAACCAUUUGCUACAUCAGAUAAAUUUAGGCCAGGACAAAAAUGCUUCAGUGACCUUCCAGUUCCUAAACCAAAUACAGGAAAAUGGUACGUCAACAGCACGGGCAAGAACGACUCUGUUUGCGCUGCCUUCGAGUUCUCUUCAUCAGUAAACAUCACGUAUGGAUUGUUAGUCGAUCCGAACCCUAAAACAGUCACUAUUCCUCUGGACAGCGUUAAGCAUAACGUAACUGAAAGCUUCGGUGUUUGCAUGCCAAAUACAACAGUUUUAAUGAUUCCGAUGGACAAUGGAAUGAUGAAUUUUACAUUUGAAUUUUCCAAGAAAAAUAUUAGCAAAGACGGAAAAUCGUUCAAAUUCGUCAUGACAACCGCUACGAUAAGUUAUUCAACCAAUACAAAAUACCUUCCAAAUCACGAAUAUGUUGAUGGAGGAGUGGUAAUGUUGACCAACAAUACUUUGGAACUAUUUUCCUCUGAUCAGGCUCACUCAUACAAAUGCACUACAAAUGUUACCACCGGGGUACAAAUGAAAGCAUGGCUUUCUUUCAGCGAUGUGCAAAUUCAGCCGUUUGGCGUAAGCUCAACAGAUGGUCAAUUCUCAGCAGCUGACGAUUGUUCUGCGGAUGAUAAGUUAUCAAAAGCAGCAAGAAUUGGAAUUUUAUGUGCUAUUGUUAUAGCUGGAAUUUCCUUGCUUACCUGCGUCUGUUGCUUUGCAUACCGAAAAUAUAAAUUGAAACAAUCCGGCUAUAAAGCAUUCCGAUAAUUUUUGUAUUAUUAAUCACAUGCUAUCAAAACGCGCCAUAUUACUACAAUUCUAAGAUAAAGUAAUUUUAAACACAGUUAAAGUUUAUCGAAUAUGAAGCAUAUUGACUUGACCGUCAGUGAGUUCUCAGCAUUAACUACUAUAGGAUUACAGUGAAUUGGCGUGUUUUGAAAGCAUGUGACAAACUAAACGUUUAUUUCUAAUUUCACGUUACUACCAUUAUAUGUGUUAUGCAUUAUCCGAUAAUUGCCUUGCACCUUUGUCCGGCUAUUUGAUUUUCUUUUUUUUAUAUAUAUAUAUACAUUUGAUCAGCGCGCUUCAAAAUCAUUGUCCCUUUUAUUUGCUCGAAUUAGUGUUUAUUUUGCAUGAUGUGAAAUGACGGUGAAUAAUUAGCGACAGAAAAAAUAUUGAAUAGCCGGACAAUACUACUAAACUGAACUAACAUUGAAAAAGAAAAAAAUAAUAAUGUAUAUUAUUUUAUUUUUACCCGCUCAUCAUUCACCGUCAUUCAACCCUUAUCUUACUGCUCUUGCUCACUUUAUGACAAAUCUUAUAUUUCUACCAAACCGUGCUAUUAUAUUUCGACUUUAUCUGUGACCAAAACCCACUCCGAUUUUCUCUAUUCAAAUUCCAUUCUUUACCCUACACAAUCCUCAAUUUUGGAACAACAGCUGACGACUGUGCUGCUGAUGACAUGAGUCCGUUGAUUCCGAUCAUCGUGGGCUCAGUACUUGCCGGUUUAGUCGUCGUCGUUCUGGUUGCUUACGUCAUUGGAAGAAGGCGAAAUUCAGGGGCUAACUACGAGACGAUUUAA